UAGCAAUGCAACUAUCUACUCUAAGGCAGCACAUGGCUGCCAUAUCAUGUUCUCUUUCGGUAGCCAUAACAGCAACAGCAUUUGUAUGGUAUGCUCCUCUGCUGCUGUAUAUCGUGUCUCCUGAGUCCGAAGUUCCAAUGACAACCACAGAGACCUCCUGGUUGGUUUCUUCGAUGGAAUUAGGAUGUCUUUUUUUUGUUAUACCAGCUGGUAUGAUCAGCGAUAGAGUGGGCCGCAAGUACCCAAUACUGUUCGUCGGUCCAACCUGCGGUCUGGGGUUCAUCGUCCUGGCGUACGUACGUUCACUACCAGCCUUGUUUGUACUGCGUCAGAUCCAGGGACUAUGCCUGGCUUUGGCCUACGUUGUUGGCCCAAUCUACAUCGCCGAAAUAUCUGAGCCUAGCCUGAGGGGGAGCACCUCCUGUCACAUACAAACUAUGUGGUUCGUUGGCUGUUUCUACGACUACUGCAUUGGCCCUUACAUCAGCUACUCAACUUAUGCUCUUGUAUGUCUCGCAAUACCACUAUUGUUCACUACUACUUUCAUCUUUAUGCCAGAGUCGCCCUACUACCUGAUAAUGAAAGGAAGAACUGAAGAGGCAAAGCAGGCCUUAUCCUGGUUGAGGGGUGGGAAAGAAGUAAAUGAGGAGUUCAAAGAAAUUGAAGCAACCAUCGAAAGGGAAGUUUAUGAACAAGGAUCUUGGAAAGACCUGUUUCACACAAAGAAAGAUCGGAAGGCCUUUUUUGUUGUGCAAGUGUGUUCCAUCACCAAGUACAUGGGCGGCAUGCCAGCAUUUGCCAACUAUGUGUCCCAGACUUUUGGCGAGAGCACCAUCAAGUUCUUGGACCAUAACCAACUUACCAUCAUCACGGGCGUUUUAUUGACUGUUGCUACAUUCAGUUCCUCUCUGCUCUCGAUAAACGUCGGAAGAAGGCCUAUACUCAUCUAUUCGUGUUUCUGCUGUUUUAUUUUUCCACUUCUUAUCGGUGGGUACUUUUUCUUGGAUUUCGAAACGGCAUUCGACGUGUCUCCAUAUGUUUGGAUAUUGUAUGUAUCUGUUAUUGGAUUUAUAAUCGCUGCAAAUGUUGGCGUGGGCCCAUUGUUGCAGACAAUCCAAGCAGAGUUCUUCACUGCUAGGACUAGGGGAAUAGGAGGAGCUCUAACCCUAGUUGUUGGCUCUACAGCAACGUUCCUAUCAAUCAAGCAAUACCAAUUAAUCCAGGACACUGUAGGAGUGUACCUCAACUAUUGGAUAUGGGCGGCUGUGUCGCUGUUCGGUGCAAUCUGUAUGUACUUUUUCUUACCUGAGACUUCCGGAAAGAGCCUUGGGGAAAUACAGACGGACAUGAAGAAUGAAUAUCAAACACAUAUGUAAUUUUAAUCUGGUAAAAUUUGUUAAUAAAUAUAGUUCAUGACAAUACAAAGAAUAAUUUGUCUAGGCGGUGAAUGCGAUUGAGAGUGCAAAAAUCUGUACCACGGUGUCUCUUUAAAUUCUUGUCCUAUGGAUUAAAUUAAAUUAUUGUCUUGGGAUGUCUUACUGACUAAGACACUCCAUGUUGCCACAUCAGAAUGUGGUAGGAUUAGGCUGGAGGGGGACGGAUGCCCCAAAGUUAUUAUCCUCUAUAACUCGAGCACGGAUCAUUGUAGAGACUCGAAUUGUUUAUAUUUUAAUUCUGAGAAAUUUUCAUUACAUAUUUUUUGAUAAUAAUUAAGUGAAAUGAGCAAAUUGGAACUCCGGAACACACCCUGUGGAACUCGUUC